UCAACUAUCACAAAAAAAUGUUUAGAUCAGAAUUCCUGUGUCAUGAAGAGUUUUUAACCCAGAAGAGGAUUUGAUGCUGGAAACGGAAGAUAUCAGUCAAAGGAGAGUUCUCAUUCUGGGAGGACCUCGUUGUUGCUCUAAUAGUGGUUGAAGACUAACUCCCAGAACAUUGCCUGACCUCUGACCUGUCAGCAUGGGCAGACUACAAGCCUGUAUGUCACUGUACAAAACAACACAAGAUUAAAUCAAGCACAAGAUAAGAUGAUGCAUUCAAGAGAUGCGACUUGGCAUCUCCUGUCUUUUUCCCGCUUCCUGGCAUUUUAGCAUCUCUCCAGUGGGAUGUCCUCGAAUUUUGAAUACCAAUUUACGCCAAAUUGUUGUUAUUAGUAUUCUGGCUGCUGCUGUUUCACUUUUAUACUUCUCUGUUGUCAUAAUCCGAAAUAAAUAUGGGCGACUAUCCAGAGACAAAAAGUUUCAAAGGUACUUGGCACGAGUUACUGACAUUGAAGCUACGGAUACCAAUAACCCCAAUGUGAACUAUGGUAUCGUGGUGGACUGUGGUAGCAGUGGGUCUCGAAUAUUUGUCUAUUGCUGGCCCAGGCAUAAUGGCAAUCCUCAUGACCUGUUGGAUAUCAGACAAAUGAGGGAUAAAAACCGAAAGCCAGUGGUUAUGAAAAUAAAACCAGGCAUUUCAGAAUUUGCUACCUCUCCAGAGAAAGUCAGUGAUUAUAUUUCUCCGCUCCUCAACUUUGCUGCAGAGCAUGUGCCACGGGCAAAACACAAAGAAACCCCUCUCUACAUUCUUUGCACAGCUGGCAUGAGGGUCCUUCCUGAAAGCCAGCAGAAAGCCAUCUUGGAAGACCUUCUGACUGAUAUCCCUGUGCAUUUUGACUUUCUGUUUUCUGACUCUCAUGCAGAAGUAAUUUCAGGGAAACAGGAAGGUGUGUAUGCUUGGAUUGGCAUUAAUUUUGUCCUCGGACGAUUUGAGCAUAUUGAAGAUGAUGAUGAGGCAGUCGUGGAGGUUAACAUUCCUGGAAGUGAGAGCAGCGAAGCCAUUCUCCGGAAAAGAACUGCCGGUAUUCUCGACAUGGGAGGCGUGUCAACUCAGAUAGCGUACGAAGUCCCCAAAACUGUAAGCUUUGCCUCCUCACAGCAGGAAGAAGUAGCUAAGAACCUGCUGGCUGAAUUUAACCUGGGAUGUGAUGUUCACCAGACUGAGCAUGUGUACCGAGUCUAUGUGGCCACAUUUCUUGGGUUUGGUGGCAAUGCUGCUCGACAGAGAUAUGAAGACAAGAUAUUUGCCAACACGUUCCAAAAGAACAGGCUCCUGGGGAAGCAGACUGGUCUAGCUCCUGACACUCCAUACCUGGACCCCUGCUUACCCCUAGACAUUAAAGAUGAAAUCCAGCAAAAUGGGCAGACCAUGUACCUGCGGGGAACGGGAGACUUCGACCUGUGCCGAGAGACUCUCCAGCCUUUCAUGAACAAAACGAACGAGACACAGACUUCCCUCAAUGGUGUCUACCAGCCCCCCAUCCACUUCCGGAACAGCGAGUUCUACGGCUUUUCUGAAUUCUACUAUUGCACUGAGGACGUGUUACGAAUGGGAGGAGACUACAAUGCGGCUGCGUUUACUAAAGCUGCCAAGGAUUAUUGUGCAACAAAGUGGUCGAUCUUACGAGAACGCUUUGACCGAGGACUGUAUGCCUCUCACGCUGACCUCCACAGGCUAAAGUACCAGUGCUUCAAGUCUGCCUGGAUGUUCGAGGUGUUUCACAGGGGCUUCUCCUUUCCUGUCAACUAUAAAACCCUAAAGACAGCCUUGCAGGUGUAUGACAAGGAGGUGCAGUGGACCCUCGGAGCAAUCCUCUACAGGACCCGCUUUUUACCCUUAAGAGAUAUCCAGCAGGAGGCAUUCCGGGCCAGUCACGCUCACUGGCGGGGCUUCUCCUUUGUCUACAAUCACUACUUGUUCUCCGGCUGCUUCCUGGUGGUCCUGCUCUCCAUCCUCCUCUACCUGCUGCGGCUCAGGCGCAUUCACAGGCGGAUGCUGCGCAGUGGGGCAGCCGCCACCCUCUGGCUGGAGGAGGGCCUUCCGGCCCAGAAGAUGGCGGGAACCUUGUGAACAGGAACAGGAGUGAGUGCCCAGGAAGACCUUCUAAAGGAAAAGCCAUUUUUGCCUCAGGGUUUUUUCUCUUUAUCUUUGUUUUAUUUUUCCCUUCCCUUUUUGGUCCUUGAAACAAAAACAAAAUCCAUUGUAUGUAAACUCUGCUGUCCAGGAAGAUUGCAUUUGCCACUGUUUGGCACAUAGCUUUAAACUGAGGAGUAGGGAAAAGGGAAAAUGACUUCAUACUUGCUGUAUAGGACACCUGCCAAAAAUUAUGGAGAUUUUUGGUUUUUCUUUAAGGUAUGUUUAAUUUUAAACAGAUGCACUUUGAUAGUGGAGGGAAAUGGCAAAGGUGUUUUCUAUGGUGAAGAUGGGACUGAAGAGUGAGACUUUUACAGAACCCAGAACCUACUGAAUGAAAUUAAAAUGCUUUUCCCUCUAUCUUGAAAGCUAUAACCUAAA